AAAAGUUACGUACAUGUAAACCAUUUGCAAAUCAAUCUUAGAAAGGAAAAGUGUAGUACUGAUUCUAGUUGUUAAUACAGGAUUAGUUGCUCACCUACAUUCUCAAACCUUUAGCUUAUUCUCUUCAACAUUCAUAUUCCUCCCUCUGAUGGAUAUAUGUCUGUCUAAAUGUGGAAAACUAAGCAUGACAAGCACUUCUUCUCCGGCUAGUUAUUCCAUUCUGAGGUAUCAAUAGCACAGUUUAUAUCAGUUCUGUGCUCCAUCUCGUUGAAAGCAAGAUGGAUUUUUGAGGGUUUAAGGGUUUAAGCCCAUGUUAGAAAUUACUUCUGGCUUGCUUCGGGGACUUCUUCACCAGGGGAAACUUCGUGUUAACCGUUUUAAUCCAUUUGAAGCAUAUGUUGGAAGUGAAAGCAUUGGUGAUGAGAUAAUUAUAUAUGGGCAUGCAAACAUGAAUAGGGCUUUUGAUGGUGAUAUAGUGGCAGUUGAGCUUUUGCCUCAAGAAAAGUGGCACGAGGAGAAGUCUUUGGCAUUAGCUGAUGAAGCUUGCUGGUACAAAUGGAUCAUAAAUAGUACCCCUAUCAGUGAAUUGGGUCUUGAAUAACAAGGCUUGCAGGAGUAAGUUAAUAUCCUCCCCCGCACACCCACACACAUAAGAAAAAGAGAGCACAGGGAAAAAGAACCAAUGUAUUUUUCUUUAUUCCUGAUGUUUUUGUUUUCAUUUGUGUUGGAACAAUAACUCCGAUAUGGAUAGAGUGGAACAGAUGCAGAGGAAUGAGGAUCAAUAUAGCAGGCCAACUAAUUUUGCGGGUGAAGCAUAGUUGAUGGAUUGAUUCAUGACGUUGCCAUUCUAUUUAUUUAUUUUCGUAGGUGCAAUUAUGUUUGGAGAUGCAUUAUUGCCUUCAGCAUGCUCUGUCAUGGUUGAGGAGUUGAAGAAGACUUCAUUGUGCGGCAAAACGACUAAGAUCAGUCGUAUCCUAGUGUUAAAAAGAUCUGGUGACUUGUGAGUAUACCUAAUUUGGUUCUUCUUGCUACCUGCCAAGAAAUAAUUUCGUGCUGAAGAUAUCUGGUCUGCGAUUACUACAUUGGAGGAUAAUCUGGAUCUGGAGCACGGAUCCCUGUGGUUAGACUAACUGGCCGAGAAGGCAUUGUCUGACUCUCUCUCUCUCAACACACGCACAUGCACAUACAUACACUCAAAAAAAUAGGAACACGGAAAGGAUUGUAUAGUUUUCCAUGUAAAGCCAGAGCAUCUCACUGUGUAUAGAAUGUAAUGAAAUGCUACGAUAAUGAAAUAGGUAAUUUGAUUGUAACAUCAAUUAAUUGUUGAGCUGAUUAAAUUUGUAUGUUCCAUUCUCUAUCGCCCCUCAUUUUUAUCCAUU